GCAGCGUCAGUGAGCAGAUGACCUGGAGGAGCUCAGAGACCAGGAGCUCAGAGACCAGGAGCUCAACAGGAUGGGGGACUCCAGCAGACCCAGCAGCUGAACCACCCACAGGAACACCUGGAUCAGGUGCAGAUCCGCGUCCUGCUCUCUCUUGGCUCACUUCUUCUUCUUCUUCUGUUGGAUUAACCCGCCGGUCCGGUCCUCAUCAUGCCGUUCGCCAAGCGCGUCGUGGAGCCUCAGUUACUGUGCCGGAGGCAGAUCCACAACCAGGAGGACCAGGAGGAGGCUGUGGUGGUUCUGCUGGAGGAUCUGGUCUCCAUCAGUAACGUGGCUCUGUCCAGGACCCUGCGACAGCUGUCGGACUUGGCCAAACACGCCUGCUCCAUCUUCCAGGAGCUGGAGAGCGAGAUCACCUCCACCUGUAUGCGGGUCCGAGGGCUGCAGGGCAGGAUCGGUCUGCUGCAGGAGGACUGCAAAGACCUGGACCCGAAGCAGGAGGCAGUGCCGGUGUCUAACCUGGACGUGGAGAGUAAGCUGACAGCACAUUACCAAUCUCCCUGGCACCAGCAGAGGAACAUCUUCCACCCCUCCACACGGCCAGCAUGUGUUGUAGACCUCCACAGGCAAGCCAACCUCAGCCUGUGGGCUCAGCACCGACGAGAUCUGCAGAGGAGACGAUCGGGCAGCGGGGAGCGGAGAGUGACCAUCUCCAUCCCGGCGGAGCCCCCCAUGUACCCCUCGCCACACAUCAUCCAGAGACAACAACAACAACACAGGGACUCAGAUCUGACAACGUUUGAAUCCACCCGCUCCUCCUCCCCUACCGAAUGUUGCCGCUUCUCCCCCUGGAGCAGAAAGGCGGCGCCCUCUGACCCCGACGCCGACGGGUUGCCUCUAGGUCACCGGCCCAAGUUCCCCGUCCCCAACACCCCCACCACCCUGGACAAGCAGACCAACUGGUCCAGAGCCCUGCCGCUGCCCACCCCCGAGGAGAGGAUGAAAACCAGUUCACAAGUCAUCUCCUCGUGUGUCAUCCCCAUCAAUGUGACCGGCGUCGGCUUCGACAGAGAUGCUAGUGUGCGCUGCUCGCUCGUCCACUCGCAGUCUGUGCUUCAGAGGAGGAGGAAGCUGAGGAGACGGAGGACCGUCGCCGGCGUUCCCCGACAGGUGCAGCAGGAUUUAGACUCCGAUGACUCUCCUGGCUCCAGAGAGCGGACCGUGAUCGUUCAUGCCAGUCCCAACGUCACGCCCUCCAGCGAGGAGCUGGCCAGCCACCUCAGCACCAGAGACUCCGGCUGCCAGACGGAAGACUUUCUGAUCUCGGGGGCGCCGUCUCGGAGGAGGAUCAGGGCCCAGAGAGGCCAGGGAGUCUCCCUGUCCCUGUCCCUGUCCCACUCUGCAGGAAACAUCUUGUGCCUGUCGGAAAGCGCCGACGCCAUGUUCUCCGCCUCCGUGGGCGCACGCCUGCGCUCCCGAAGUCUGCCCAGAGACGGGAGCCGGGUGAUGGACAAUGGGCGCAACGACAGCGACGACGAGGAGGAGGAGCUGUCCCCCUUCGACGGCGAGGACUUCCUGUCUGGACCCGGGGAGUUGAUCCUGAAGGACGGAGAGGAGCGCAUGGACGACCAGAACAUGUCCGAGCACCAGCUGGGCCUGAAGUACCAGCAGCUGUCGGAGAGUCCGGAGCGCAGCUGGAUGGAGAGGACGAGGUCUCAGCUGCCCCGGAAGGCCGACAUGGGCAGCUGUGAGAUCUCGUCCAGCUCGGACACCUUCAGCAGCCCCGUCCACUCUGUCUCCGCCGCCGGGGUGCAGAUGGACCAUAAGGAGGACCACCAGUCCUCCAGUGGGAACUGGAGCGGCAGCAGCUCCACCUGCCCCUCACAGACCUCAGAGACAAUCCCCCCAGCAGCCUCUCCACCGCUCACAGGCUCCUCCCACUGUGACUCUGAGCUCUCGCUCAACGCCGCCACGCACGCCAACGACGACCACACCAGCUUCAUGCUGGACCACUACCACCAGGGUCUCAGGACCCAGCGGGCCGGCUCCUUCUCCUCCACAGCUAUGGACAUAUUAGAGGAAGCGGGGGUCAGCACGCCCAUCGAGGCGGAGUGGAGUUACCCCCACGCGGACCCGCCGCGCUCCCAGGACCUGAGCCCCGAGCCCAGCAGGGAGGCCGAGAGCAGCCUGGGCUGCCCCAGCUUCACCAGCAUGGCCACCUGCGAGAGCAGCUUCUCCGACAAUCCGCCGUCAGAGAAAGCCGACACCGUGUCCCACUACUCCGUAGACAACGAUGGCUACUACACCUCCAUGCACUUUGACUGCGGUAUAAAAGGGAGCAGAAGCUUCUCGUAUAACUAUGCAGCCCCCGGCUCCGACUGCGACCUCAGCGGUCACAUGACUCUCGCGAGGCGCUGCCUCUCUUUGAGGAAACCAAAGGCGAAGCCGAGUCCGCCUAAGAGGAGUUCAUCCUUAAGAAAGAUAUGCAGUGAGGGACACAUCCCCGACGGUAAAGAACCAAAGAUGUCCUGCGGGCAGCAGCUGUCCUCCAAGGAGAGGAGGCUGCAGCUGGUUUUAUCCGGCUCGCCGAGUCGCUCCUCGCUCGCCAGAGAGCCGCUGGUGGUCUGGGGCAUCGAGGACUCGGCCGAUCUACCCGACUUAGGCGUGUUUAGCUCCACAGAUGCUCAUUCGUUUAAGGACGAGGGGAUCGUACAGUCAGACUACGCAGAUCUGUGGCUCCUGAACGAUUUGAAGUCCAGCGAUCCGUACCGCUCUUUGUCCAACUCGAGCACGGCGACGGGCACGACCGUCAUCGAGUGCAUCAAGUCGCAGGAGAGCUCCGAGUCUCAGACGUCCCAGUCCGACUCCAGAGCCACCACGCCCUCGCUUCCGUCGGUGGACGGAGACUUCAAGCUUACGUCUCCAGAGAAGCUGGCGGGCCUGGCGAGCCCGUCCAGCGGCUACUCCAGUCAGUCGGAGACCCCCACCUCCUCCUUCCCCUCCGCCUUCUUUCCCGGACCGCUGUCACCAUCCAGCGGCAAGAGGAAGCCCAAAGUCCCGGAGAGGAAGUCGUCUCUUUCGUCGCUGUCGCUCGGAGCCGCCUCGAGGAGAGACCUGGAGCUGCCCAUCAUCCCGCCCUCACACCUUGACCUAAGUGCCCUUCACGGCGUCGGCAACAAGGCGUCAGCGUACAGGCCGCAGAUCCUUCACCAAAACAAACAGAAAGCUCCUGUAGCGCCGCCUAACUUAGAGGUGUUCAACGCCCGUCCCAUGGCCAUCACCCCCACCGUGCUGCACUCAGUACACCUCCGACCUAUCAGCCAGGAACAGGAAGGAAGCCAUGAGGACACUUCCAGACUCAAGUGUCCCACUGUGAACUUAACUAGCACACUUCCCUGUAACGACUCUGCGGCGCUCGAGAGUCCGCUGUUAUAUCAAAGCCACGCGCCCUCCAAGGGGUCGUGUGAAUCGAUGUUUACCUCAAGCGAAGAGCUCGCAGACGGAGACGCAGCGUGUCAGAGCGACAGAGAGGCACCAGCGUUAGACGUCCCUGAGAGGACCAGCAGUCACGAAGCAGAGACGUUCAGAGAGUCGGUAGAAACAUCUGGAGACUCAGAGCCUUUACAGCAGCAAAGACCUGAAGAAGAAGAAGAAGAAGAAGAAGAAGAAGAAGUAGAAGAAGAAGAAGCAGGUCCUCCUCUCUCCGUUCAGCACGGUUCACCCCAUGGGCAGCUGCGAGAUCUCGUCCAGCUCGGACACAGUCUUGAUAAAGUGCCUGCUGCUGACGGCCAAUCAGAGGCCACACAAGAGAGUCCAAUCAGUGACGGAGGCGGCAAAGAAGAGGAAGAUGAGCCAUCAGGUGCUUCAGCACAAAGUGCCUCUCAGGACGUAAAGGAGGAGACAGCAGAGAGCGAGGACUACUGCAGUAAAGACUCUCCAGCCAGUGAUAACACAGCGUCUCCUCUGAGCGAUGAGUCCCGACCAGAGGACGACAGCGUGUUUCUGUCCCCCACCAAGACCAGAACCACUGAGGACCUGUUCGCUAUGAUUCACAGGUCCAAGAGGAAAGUGUUGGGCAGGAAGGACUCCUCUGAGCUGAACGUGAGGAACCGCCUCGGCGCUGCCUCGGGGAACACGCCACCCAGCAGCACCGCGAGCUCCCCGGUCCCAGUGGCGGCGUCGCCCUCCUCCGCCGUGACCCCGCCGGGCCUGCACCGAGUCCCACCGAGUCCCAUCUACAGGAACGCCAAGAAGUCCAGCACCUCCAACGAGGAGUUCAAGCUGCUGCUGCUCAAAAAAGGCAGCCGCUCCGAGUCCAGCUACCGCAUGUCGGCGACGGAGAUCCUCAAGAGCCCCGUCGCUCCUAAAUCUGCCGGAGACUCGCCGAUGAUGGAGUCGCCCAGACAGCCCGAAGAGCCCGCCUCGCCCCUGCAGCACCAGUCGGGACCAGAUCAGAUCUCCAGCCCGUACCCCAAAGCCAACGCAGAGGGCUUCUCCCCGAAACCCUUCUCCUCGCCCGCUUCCUCCAGGCAGGGCCGCUCCAGGAUCCCGCCGCCCGCCAACAGCAGCAGGUACGGCGUGCGCGGUAGAAUGUACUCGGUGCCCAUGCAGGCGAUCUCUGAGGGCGAGACGGAGAACUCGGACGGGAGUCCUCACGAUGACCGCUCAUCACAGGGCUCCACGUAGAGAACACAGAGGUAUGAAAUGAUUUUAGUUUACAGUAAAACGGACCAGAAUAAUAUAUAUAAGAGAUGAUGAUGAUGAUGAUGAUGAUGAUGAUGAUGAUGAUGAUGUGGUGAGGGCAGCAGAACCAUGUUACUGUAUACACAACAACAUUUAGGUUAAAAAGAAUCAUGAACUGACUAGUUGAGUUUUAUAGAUGUUUCCUUUUGGUUGUUCUGUGGAUGAUUUAAAUAAUUUUACUUGUGUUCAAAAAUGUUUUAUACACAGUAAGAAUAUUAUUAGAAACAGAUUAUUUAGUGUUCUGUAGAAACUGAUGAAUAGAAAUGAUGAGCAACACAUUAUUCUGCAGGAAAAAAAAACGGGCUUACAUCAGAGUCCUGCUCGGGUCUGGUUUUAAAGACCCGCAUUAGACCCGGCACCGUGACGUGAAACACCGUGACGUGAGACACCGUGACGUGAGACACCGUGACGUGAGACACCGUGACGUGCGACACCGUGACUUGCAACACCGUACCGGCCCGCCACCCGUUCAUAUCACCAACUAGGUCUACAACCCGACCCGUC